AUGGGUCCAACCCCUGUUCUUGACCAAUUCCUCGGCAGCCUGGGGGAGUUGGUCCAGAAUCGCGACGGUGCUAAGGUGCAGGACUUCCUUCAGAUCGAGCCACCGCUAUCGGAAAUUUACGAGCGCAUGAUUGAGGAGCUACGAGGCAACUUCACCCCAGGUCCCCAAUCCGAUGCCGAGCUUCUCCAACGAUGUGAACGUCUCGUGCCGCGAUCCAAGGGUAGCUCCUCGUGGUCCGCCUUUCCGACCUUUCUCAAGCUCUACCUGACCUUUUUGCGUGAUGUCAAGACCGAAAACUUGCUGGAGACAUACAACUUGUUGAAAGCAUUGCUUAACCAAUGCGUGCUCGCUCUUGGAGAUAGCCAGAUGGGGGUCGUUGUUCUUCCUACUGUUCUAUACUUAUCGAAGGUCCUAGCAAAAUUAGCAAUGGGUCUCGAUCGUCGACCGGACUUGAUUGCGCAUAUCCUACGAAUGGAAGGACAGUCAGACCAAGAUGAUACAAUCGAGAAAGUUACUUUGGUGGAAAAAUCCGCCAACGUCGUGCGCGAAGCCUUUAUAAAGUGCCUCACUGACCGCACUGGCACUCCUGGCCCGCAUGGCAAGCCAGAGGGAAAACGGAUCGGUAUUUAUCUCAUGGCCAACUUGUGCCUGAAACUCCUCUUUCAGUGCGGCAAGCUUCGCAAUGCUGAGCAGAUGUUCGCGAGUAUCACCGCCCAAUCGCCCCCUUUGGCCUACUUCCCUGCUUCACAGCGUGUUACCUACCUCUACUACCUCGGUCGUUACCUCUUUGCCAACAAUCUCUUUUUCCCCGCCCAAACAGCCCUGCAGGCUGCCUAUGACCAAUGCCACCGCCAGGCCACAAGCCAACGACACCUCAUCCUCACUUAUCUGAUACCAUGCAACAUCAUCCUGGGCCGUUUCCCAUCCCGGGCGCUUUUACAAAGACCGGAGGCACAAAGUCUUGCAGAACAAUUUGGACCUCUAUGUCGAUUGAUCACCCGAGGAGAUUACCUUGCCUUUCGACAGCAUCUCUCCCUCAGCUCACCAACUGCUGAAUGGUUUGCCCGCAAAGGAAUUUUACUCACUCUUCGCAAUCGGUGCGAGAUUUUGGUAUGGCGCUCUUUUGCGCGCAAAGUUUUUAUCAACGGAGGUUUCCAUGGAGAUCCGCAGGCGCAGGCGCAACGCGGACCACCCCCGUACCUCUAUCUCAACAAGGCCAUUGUAGCAACGCGAUGGCUCCAAUCACAACAUGGUCACCCAGAGAGUGGCUCGACCGGUGCCACAGCUCUCGACAGAUAUGGUUCGCAGAUCAUUCUUGAACCCACAGAUUCCGAGUACGCCGGCCUGUCAGGGGGUGUUGAGACUACUGGUCCCCAGGAUAGCGAAAUUCUCGCAGAAUAUGGCGACUACAUUGCCCCGGGGGGGCUCAGUGAAACCGGUCAACUGGUGGAUGGCGAGCCAUAUGAUGAUUAUGCCGACUGCGACGUGUAUCCAUACUCCGACGAACCCCAAGACAGCAAACAUUCACAUAUACCGUCUCCUCUGAUGCGGGAAAUCGAGUCAAUCUUUGCAUCUCUCCUGACACAAGGUCUAAUGCGCGGAUACCUCACCCACCGCAACCCUCGAUUCGCCAUUCCGGGUGCCCGACUCCGAGGCGCCUUGCCUACAGGUUUCCCGAAUGUUUGGCAGACCAUAUUCACGCAUGAGAGCGAAGAUCCUAGCGUCCCUGGCUGGGUCCAGCCUCCACCUACAGGGUUCAACGCGCCUAGGGCAAAUGGCGCAGCUGGAGGAGCUGGAGCAGGGGGAGGUGGCCGGGUGGUCAAUCUCUCAGGGGCCCGCCCAGUUGGAGUUCAAUAA